UGGAUAGGGUAAUCCUGGUGCCAGUAGAUAACCUACAUGCAUGCAAGCUGGGGACCCAGAGCGACAGCUGAGUUCCUGUCGCUGCCACCCACUGGACAGCCACCAUGGUGUUUCUGCUGGGCUUCCUGCUCCUGUGGGGAGUCGUAGGUUUCUCUCUCCAGAUAUCACAGGAAGUUUGAGCAUCACUACUCCAGAUCAGACAAUUCAGGAAGCCCAAGGGGAAACUGUCCACCUGCCCUGCAUGUUCACUCUUAACCCUGAGGACCAAGGACCACUGGACAUCGAGUGGCUUCGGCUUUCAGGACCUAAUGAGGCGAGAGACCAUGUGAUAAUUUUGUAUGCUGUAGAUAAAAUUCAUUCUGACUUCUACUACGACCUGAAAGGACGAGUACAUUUUACAACUAAUGAUAUUGUGUCUGGUGAUGCGUCCAUAAAAAUAAGAAAUGUUCGGCCUUCAGACAGUGGCACCUAUCAGUGCAAAGUGAAAAAAGCCCCUGGUGUUGCCAAGACAACCAUUCAGCUGACAGUUGUUGAGUUCAUUGGGAAUGUGAGCAUCACAACUCCAGAGCAGACAAUUCAGGAAGCCCAAGGGGAAACUGUCCAUCUGCCCUGCAUAUUCACCUUUAUCUCCAAGGACCAAGGACCACUGGACAUUGAGUGGUUUCGGCUUUCAGGACCCAGUAAUGAAGCGGUGGACCGUGUGGUUAUUUUAUAUUCUGCAGACAAAGUUUGUGAUGACUUUUAUACAGACCUGAAAGGACGAAUUCAUUUCACCAGUAAUGACAUCAGGUCUGGGGACGCAUCCAUAAAUAUAACAAACGUCCAGCUAUCGGAUGCUGGCACCUAUCAGUGCAGAGUGAAAAAACAUCCUGGCCUUGUCAACAGGAACAUUCAGCUGGCUGUCACUGGUUCUACUGAAAGUGUGAACAUCACUACUCCAGAGCAGACAGUUCAGGAAGUCCAAGGGGAAACUGUCCAUCUGCCCUGCAUGUUCACUCCUAACCCUGAGGGCCAAGGACCACUAUUCAUUGACUGGAUGCAGCUUACAGGCCCUGAAAAUGAGGUGGUGAACCGCAUGUUUAUCGUAAAUUUAGCAGACAAAAUUUACGAUGACUUCUAUCAAGAUAUGAAAGGACGCGUGAAAUUUACAAGUAAUGAUAUCAGGUCUGGUGACGCAUCUAUAAAUAUAACCAAUGUUCAGCUCUCUGAUGCUGGCACCUAUCAGUGUGGAGUGUUCUAUGGCCAUGGUGCUGUCAAGAGGACCAUUCAGCUGAUAGUUGUUGGCUCAUCAAGGGGAGCGGUGAAGAAGGGUCACACGUGGGAGUCAGUCUUCCGAACACUGCUGUCUUUCAGAGCAGGACUAUCAGCACAGAGACCAGGAAAGAGAGGGCACACUGAGCACAUGCACAGGCAGCGUCAGGGCUUGUCUCCUAUUGGCAGCAGCAUUGAGUGCACACCCUGGUCAAAGGCACUCUGGCCCGAGUGCUGCCAUUAUAAAUGAGUCCUACAGUGUGAA